AUGACCAAAACUCCAAGAUUCGACGAUUAUCAGCGGCUUCUGGGCCGAUUCUAUGAGCCGCUGCUCCUGUUGCUUGCCCUUGGUAAGACUCGAGGAGAGCAUUCCCCCAGCCCCCCAGACGAGAGCUCCAGGCAGUCGAUCCGCAGAAGGUUCUUCAACAACAUUGCCUAUCUUUGUGACUUUACCAAAGGAGGCGACUCGACUUCUGCCAUUGGGAUCGAGGAGCGCGACGAUUGCUACAACUUUUGGGUUGCCUCAAACCAACCAUCCAGCAAGAUCAGAGAUUUCGUCGACGACAUACUGAAUGAUGUUCGAAAGUUGGGCUAUGAACAGUCCCUGCGUCGAGGCGAUGAGCAGCGCUUCACUUACUACUGUAUUGAUUUUGCUCGCCAGCGGAUCAGCAAGGAAGCCAAGAUGCUGUCCAACGCUUUCAAGGGGUGCAUCAAGUAUCUUGAGGAGCAAGGUCAACCAGAAGACGUUCAACUGGUGAGCUGGAUCCGGUCUUUCGAUUUUCAAGACAAUAGAGCUCUCUGCGAAAGAGCAUAUGAACAGAGGAAGGCGCCCGAAAUGAAACAGUUGGCAGCCAGGAGUAAGACUGAGCAAGGCGAGUCUGUACUCAGUGACAGAGCCGCCUCCUUCGAAGAUGCGAGGCACUUGCUUGGCCGCCUUGCCCAUCAUAUUAGAGCACCCAAACAGAUUCUUGAAGAUGGACCAAGGUUGGAGGAGUUGCUCUCGCAGAGAUAUUUCGUCUGUCAGCUACCACUCUGCAAAAGCAUUGCGCCUCCCCAAGCAGACGGCCUGACUACUUUGGAAUCCAUGCUCGUACGCAUGCUCCCAGCUAAGGACCCGAACCUGCACAAGUACAAGGAAGCACUACUGAAUCUGGACCACCGAGUGAAAUUACAUGACCGAGUCAUUGGCCAGUACAAGUCGAAAAGUUUCCAGCCAAAGGUACACGCAGAGAUCCAAGUCCUGGAGUACUUCUACGAAAACAACUUGAACUUCAUCGACGAUGACCGAUACAUCAAUUGCAGCAAACCAGCUUGUUACUGCUGUCACCUGUACAUCAGACACCAUCCACUUGGUAUCGUUGAGCCUGCAUCGCACAAGAAUAUUUACCCAAAUUGGGGCCCUCCCUUGUUGCCAGAGGGCGCGCAAGACCCGGAUUAUCCACACCAACUCCAUAUUCUGAACAAGAUGCUGGAAACGAUUCGCAAAGAGGCCCUCACCCAGAUCAGCCACCAAAGCAUUGGUCCGAGAGGUCACCGAGACACCACGACGGGUAUUACUCCAACGACUCUAGCGGGCUCGGACCGCCAGAUACAACAAGUGGAUUCAAUCAAGGGGAAGUUCGGGUAUCUGAAUAUUUCGGCGAUGAAGGUGAUGACGGGCAAAGCUGCUGGCAAGGGCGACAAAGAUUCCGGCUACUCGGACACUGAAAAGUCUGACACGGGAUCCUCGACCUCUUCGGGUGAGCAGUCGAGCCAGCUUCUGUCUGAGAUUGAAGACGACAGCGACAGCGACACCAUCAACGGCGAUGGUGACUCUGAUAGGACAGGCGGCGCCACGCUUUGA